AUGGCUAGCGAAAGAGCUGCAGCAGGUAGUGGUAGUCAACAUCAGGGUGCAGUAGCAACAAUUGAAGGUAUGGCUGUUGAUGAUCUUGAUGAGGAUGCUGUCAGAGAGCAAGAGAUGUAUUGGGAAGAGACUUUGGAGGCAGCAGAUGCUGAAGCAUCAGCUUCAGAUUCACCCAAUGUGAAUGUUGAUGAUUUAAACUGUGUGAAUCCUUCUGAAGAACCUAUGGCAGUAAGACCUCUACCUUCUAACUCCUCAACUGCAUAUGUGCCACCUAGACCUAUCAUGAAUCCAACCAUGUCCAAGAGACCAAUUAGGAGGAGAAACGUUAAGAGGCCACCACCGUCACAACCUUCUCCCCUUAGACCUGUCCCACCACAACCUACUCCCAUAACGCCUACCACACCACAAUCUUCUGUUGUUAGGCCUACAUCACCAACUAACCAACCUCCUCCAAAGGUUACCAGACAAACAAUGCAUGGUGCAAGUUGA